AGAGAGAGAGUGUUACAGAGAGUUUAGAAGGGGGGAGAGGAGAGAGAGAGAAUUACAUAAAAAAUAUUAGUAGUUUCAGUUAAAGGCUCGUCCUGACGUCCUGGGUUGAUGCCGCCUAAUUCUCGGCAAUGUCGCUCUCUCUCCGAGCCCCGAGAUUGAAACUGUAGCCGUAAGCGACGCUCUCUUUUGCUUUCUUUUUCUUCCAUCCCACAUCGAUCGAACGCACAAACAAACCCUCAUAUCCAGUCCAACACCAAAUCCGAUGUUCUAAUCCAAUUCCCUCCGAUUCAAUCCCCAAAACACAUAUUAUUUAUCUUCACAACAAUUGGAGCUGACGAGCUCACGACAUAACAACGCAGAAAAAACAGACUACACUCGCGAAGAAACAGGGGGCAAUCCUGUUGGUGAUCACUGUCUGUGUUGUGCAGUAAACUUGGAUAUAUGCAGAUCUUUUUGGCUUCUUGAUGUAAAUAGCAUUUGAUUUGCUCAAGAUCUCAUUCUCAGGAGUAGCUAUUGAAUCAUAUUCUUCUUUACUUAUAGAGAUGCUGAAAUUAAUUAAAAAAAGAGAAUAGUCUGUGGAUCACAAAACUGAGAGGAUUGUGCAUAGAAUUUUAGGCAAUUGUCCAAUCCCACUGCCUGUAGCUGUUGCAAUCUCUGUUGAUGGAUUGGAAAUUUUAAAAUAGUGUGUAGAAAUUGGGAUUAAGUUUAUGCGGGUGAAAGAAGUAAUGGAGAUACUGUAGACCUACAUUUGGUGAAGUUCAUUCCCUGUUGUGCAUUUAGUGUAAUUUUGAGGGAUGGAGAAGUAUCAAAAGCUAUAGAUGCUCAAGGCUCAAAGGUACCGUUCAUAUGCAGCUAAAUAGAUCUAGGAAUAUAGCUGAAGCCAUGGCCAGUGAGGCACCUGGUCCUUCUGGUCAAAGGAUACAGCAAGAGUCACCUUCAGUUGUUUCAAAUGAUGGGAUAUCAGUGGGAAGAAAUGUUAAUAAUAUAUCUUUGCAGACUGGUGAAGAAUUUUCUAGGGAGUUUCUUCAGGACCAUUUUCUUCCAAGAAAACUUUCAGCUGUACCUGACAUGGCUCAGAACCAUGAGAACAAAGUCGCACUAAAUAACAAGUUGGGGUAUGAGGAGCUUACCAGAAUUCUUGGCUUGAAGAGGAUGGAUUCUGACGUAACCGAGUUUCCUUCUGCAACAGGGUCUACUGCAGAGUCUGAGAAUGGGGCUUUUAUGAGUCAAACAUGUGAAAACCCGAAGGAAGAUGGUAAUUGUGGAAGUGGGCCAACAAAAGCAGCUAAUGAAAUGAAUUGUGAAAUUUAUAAUAAAUCUGCUUCUGGAUCAAUCGUUCUUCCCGUGAUUGUAUCUGAAUCCUCUCAGAACCACCAAGUUUACGGGUUAGGGGUUUCGGAUGGUUCCCAAUCUGGCAAGAUGAAGUUCCUCUGCAGUUUUGGUGGUAAAAUCUUGCCUCGGCCAGGUGACGGGAAACUUAGGUAUGUUGGAGGAGAAACACGCAUUAUUUCUAUCAGACAGAAUAUUUCAUGGGAAGAACUUGUGAAGAAAACUUCAGAAAUUUGCAACCAACAUCACAAUGUCAAGUACCAGCUUCCAGGUGAGGAUCUUGAUGCACUUAUUUCUGUGUCUUCUGAUGAAGAUCUUCAGAAUAUGAUUGAAGAAUACCGUGGGCUUGAAAUGCUUGGGGCUUCUCAACGACUCAGGAUAUUUUUGAUUCCUUCGACCGAAUCUGAAAACACAUGCACCGUUGAUGGAAAUACUAAUCAGCAGAGCAAUCCUGAUUAUCAGUAUGUUGUUGCUGUGAAUGGCAUAGUUGACCCUAGUCCCCAUACAAACUAUAAUGGGCAGUCUUUUGCAAGGCCAAUGGUUAAAGGAAGGGCAUUUAAUUCUGAAAAGCCUAUAUCAAACCCAAAUAAUCCAACUGGUCUGUUGUUGGAAUUGGAUGAUUCUACUGUUUCUCAUCGUGGAAUGCCACAUGCCUUUUCUGAUUCACAGCUGCAGGAACACGGAGGGAGGUCUACUUACUGUAGCCAAGAAGGGAUGAGCCCAUCUCCUCCCUUGAACCUUGCGAAAGAACAGUUACCUUCACUGGUAGUAUCUUCUGUUUUGCAAGAAAAGCCAGUGCAACUGCGUGGGAGUAUUGAAUUUGUCAAUCCUCAACUCCAAGUUAAAUUACUGAAUGUAGAGCCUAAACCAUCCCACAGAACAAAGGAUUUACUGAAUUGUUCUUUUGGUUCAGAUUCAUUUAGCAGGGCUGAAUAUACUUGCAAAGAUGCUAAUGGUACUGGCGAGAAAUACCACAUGGCAAAAGGAGAUGCAAGUACAUACAAUUUUAUGAUUCAAAACCAUAAUGAGAAAAAUCCUUUCACUAAUGACAUGAUGAAUGGGUUUGAUGAAGACCCUCAUUCACAUCAGGGUGGAAAGCUUUGCGAGAGCAGGUCACCUGCAACUGCCGUGGAAUACACAAACAAAUCACCAAACAUCAGUCAUGACCGAAUUUCUAUUCCUUGUGUUAAUACUCCAACACAAGAGCUACAAGUCUCCAGAGGCAUGGUUCCUGCAUCAUCAAUGAUUGAUUUAAAACCUUUUGCGGAUACAAUGAUGCAGCAAAACGAAAACCAGAAAUUAGAAGAUGUCCCAAUUGAGCUCAUUGUCAAGGGCCAAAGAACGGUCAAGGUUCAGCAGUCUCGUGAUGAGAAUUCUUCAACUGAUUUACUUUGUGGAUUAUCCAAUGACAUAGUUUCUCAUGAAUCCUCCGUGCUACUGCCUGUUGCCUGCCAGAAGGAUAUGGUUCUACAGGAAACCAUGCUAAAAAGCUUUGAUGAUUUGUACCCAUCUGCAGUUAGUAAUGAUGCUGGCCUGAAGACUGACUUGAAUGGGAAGGAUUUGAAUCUCCAAGAACCCAUGCUUAUAAGUACGUUCCCAUCUGCAGAAUGCUGUGACAAUCCUGGUGAAAUUUCCACUUUGUUGCAGAAUCAAACCAAAGAUGCUGGCCUUAGAAGAGAUGUUUCACUCCUUGAUGAUGACUUUGUCAGUUACCCCGAUCAGAAGGCCGGAAAGCCAGACCUUGGAGGAUGCUCUAGUGAAAAGCGUAAGCUAGAAGAAUUUCCAGUCAAUAAGUACAGUGAGCAAAAUCACCUGAAGUCGGUAGUUGAUGCGGAAGAUGUGGUUGAUAGCAUAAACCAUGGCAUCAAAUCUUCCUUUGCAGCUGUGCCACAUAUGAUAGAUGCAACCGUUAGUGGAAUUAUGUCCCCUAGUGCUACAGAGGCCGAGGGUGGUGUUUUUCCAGAGUCUGACUUUGAGGAUGCCAAAGCUGAUUAUGGAGACAAGGAUGAACCUUUUAGUGACGCAAUGAUAGCUGAAAUGGAAGCUGAUAUAUAUGGUUUGCAGAUCAUAAAGAAUGCUGACAUUGAAGAAUUGCGGGAGUUAGGUUCUGGUACAUAUGGAACUGUUUACCAUGGGAAGUGGCGUGGAACUGAUGUUGCAAUCAAGAGAAUAAAAAAGAGCUGCUUUGCCGGGAGAUCAUCAGAGCAAGAACGGUUGACUAGAGACUUCUGGAGAGAGGCACAGAUCCUCUCAAAUCUUCAUCAUCCAAAUGUGCUCGCAUUUUAUGGGGUGGUACCAGACGGGGCUGGGGGAACCUUGGCAACUGUAACUGAAUUUAUGGUGAAUGGGUCACUUGGGCAUGUCCUACUUAAGAAGGAUAGAUCACUUGAUUGUCGUAGAAAGCUGAUAAUUGCCAUGGAUGCAGCUUUUGGCAUGGAAUAUUUGCAUUCAAAAAAUAUUGUCCAUUUUGAUCUUAAGUGUGACAAUUUGCUAGUCAAUCUGAGGGAUCCUCAGAGACCCAUCUGUAAGGUUGGAGACUUUGGACUGUCCAGAAUCAAACGGAAUACUCUAAUUUCAGGUGGCGUGCGAGGUACUCUUCCGUGGAUGGCACCAGAAUUGUUGAAUGGUAACAGCGUCCGGGUUUCUGAAAAGGUUGAUGUUUUCUCUUUUGGCAUUGCAAUGUGGGAGAUCCUAACAGGGGAGGAACCAUAUACAGAUAUGCAUUGUGGGGCAAUCAUAGGCGGAAUUUUGAAGAAUACUCUACGACCGACUAUUCCAGAACGAUGUGAUCCUGAGUGGAGGAAGCUAAUGGAAGAGUGCUGGUCGGCUGACCCGGAAGCUCGGCCAUCAUUUACCGAGAUAGCAAAUAGGUUGCGAUCUAUAUCCGCGGUACUCCAGUCAAAGGGACAUAAUAAUCUGGCAGGAAAGUUGAAGCCCAAAGAAACCGUGUAAAUUAAAAGAACAUAUACGUGCCUGUUUCAUUCUUUAGUGGGCAAGAUUGUCUAGUAUCUACAGUGGAAGAAGCCCUUCUCUGAAGGAAAAUGAGGAUGAGAUCAUGCAUGGAAUCAACUGGAAAUGUUAUAUCUCUAUCUUUUUGGUUGGUGGCACGAUCUUUUCGACCAUCCUCACCCUUGUAAUUAGUGUUAUAUAUAUAUGUUCAUUUGUUCAUUCUUUUAAAAUAGAGAAAACCUUCUUCAGGUUGUAAUGUUGAGUGAUGAAGAUAGCACAUACAGUUCACUUAUUAGAUUCCUCUAAAUGUUUUUGCCCAAAGACAAAUGUAUACAUGUAUCAUACUCGAAAAGGAAUAGAAUAUGUCGUUGGUUUUUGCUUCA